GGGCGCGCAGUCCUUGCUGCGCGCAGCAAAGUUGGUCCGAGCCGGGCCGUGGGGCGGGCACAAAAGCGCCGCGCCCGGCUGCGCUGCGUUGGGAGUCGGCGCCGGGGGCAGUGGGGGCUCAGCUGUGUCGAGCCGAGCCGGGCAGUUGUCCCGUGGCUCGCAGGAUGCCGGCUACUGCUCAGCGGCGUGAAGCGCGGGUGCUGUGUGCGCUGCUAUGUGUGGCCCUGGGGCGCUGCUACAACGUGGACGUGGGUCAUCCCACGGUUUUCCAGGGUCCUAACGGGUCCUUCUUCGGGUUCUCCGUGCUGCAGCACUAUCACGACAACACGCGGUGGGUCUUGGUUGGUGCUCCCAAGGCAGAAUCUAGAUACAGCACCUCUGUUCAGUCCCCAGGAGCAGUGUUUAAAUGUCGAGUCCAUACUAACCCUGACAGAAGAUGCACUGAACUGGAUAUGGGUCGAGGCAAUUCUCGGGGCAUGAUUUGUGGAAAGACCUGCAAAGAAGACAGAGAUGAUGAAUGGAUGGGUGUGAGCCUGGCUAGACAGCCAAAGGCUGGUGGAAGUGUGCUGGCAUGCGCGCACCGCUGGAAGAACAUCUACUACGAGACGGAGUACAUCUUGCCCCACGGCUUCUGCAACAUCAUCCCCCCAAACCUGCAGCCCAACGGGAGGAAGCUCAUGCCCUGCUAUGAAGAGUACAAGAAGAAGUACGGGGAGGAGCACGGCUCAUGCCAGGCAGGGAUCGCAGGCUUCUUUACUGAGGAGCUGGUCAUCAUGGGGGCACCAGGAUCCUAUUAUUGGACAGGAACUGUCAAAGUCCUGAAUCUCACUGACAACACCUAUUACAAGCUGAAUGACGAUGCUGUGAUAGCCAGGCGGUACACGUACCUUGGAUAUGCAGUGACAGCAGGGCACUUCUCUCAGCCAACUACCACGGAUGUUGUAGGAGGAGCUCCCCAGGAUGGAGGCAUUGGAAAGGUUUAUAUUUUCAGAAUAGACAGACGAUCAGGCUCUCUAGUAAAGAUUUUUCAGGCUUCAGGAAAAAAGAUGGGCUCUUACUUUGGCUCCUCCUUAUGUGCAGUUGAUCUGAACUCUGACGGGUUGUCAGACCUGCUGGUCGGAGCACCUAUGUUUUCUGAGAUCAGAGAUGAGGGUCAAGUCACAGUCUAUAUCAACAGAGGAAACGGCGUGCUGGAGGAGCAGCUCAUCCUGGAUGGUGAUGGUGCCUAUAACGCACACUUUGGGGAGAGCAUGACUGCCCUUGGUGACAUCGAUGACGAUGGCUUCCCAGAUGUUGCCAUCGGAGCACCUAAGGAGGAUAACUACAUCGGAGCAGUGUACAUUUACCACGGGGACACCAAUGGUAUCGUACCUCAGUACUCUAUGAAGCUGUCUGGGCGAACAAUAAACCCCAUGCUGCGGAUGUUUGGCCAGUCCAUAUCAGGGGGAGUAGAUAUGGAUGGCAAUGGCUAUCCAGAUGUGACUGUUGGAGCCUUCUUGUCAGACAACGUGGUGCUUCUGAGGUCCAGGCCUGUCAUUACUGUGGACAUCUCCAUUUUCCUGCCUGCAUCCAUCAAUAUCACAGCUCCUCAGUGCCAUGAUGGCUUGCAGCCAGUGAACUGUCUCAAUGUCACAGCCUGCUUUCACUUCAGUGGCAAGCGCCUUCCUGGAACAAUAGGUUUGAAUUAUAACUUAACUGCUGAUGUGGCAAAGAAGGAAAAGAGCCAGCAACCCAGAGUUUACUUUGUGACUUCUGGAGAGCCAGCGGGGCAGAUCACAGAGAAGUUACAGCUCUCAUUCAAGCAGGAAAAGUGUGACCACUACCUAGCGUAUGUCAAGAAGAGAGUCAAAGAUGUCAUCUCUCCAAUUGUAUUUGAAGCUGCUUACAGCCUUGGGGAACAUCUGAUAGAAAGAGGAAGAGACACUAAGGAACUACCUGCUCUCAAGCCUGUCCUCCGCUGGAAGAAAGGACAAAAGAUAGCGCAGAGGAAUCAGACUGUUUUUGAAAGGAACUGUCAAUCUGAUGACUGUGCUGCUGAUUUGAAACUUCAGGGUAAAUUGCUGCUGUCCAGCGUUGAUGACAUAACUGCCUACCUGGCCCUGGGAGCAGUGAGGAACAUCUCACUGAACAUUUCCAUCUCUAACGUGGGGGAUGAUGCCUACGACACCAAUGUGUUCUUCAAUUUUUCUGGGGAGCUCUUCUUCAUCAAAAUGUGGCAAAAGGAGGAGAUGGGCAUUGCCUGUGAGUUGCUGGAGUCAGACUUCCUCAAGUGCAGCGUAGGAUUUCCUUUCAUGAGAUCAAAAUCUAAGUACGAGUUCAGUGUGAUCUUUGACACGAGCCAUUUGUCUGGGCAAGAAGAAAUGCUCACCUUCCUCGUCACUGCCCAAAGUGGGAACCUAGAACGCACUGAAUCUCUGCAUGAUAAUACUCUAACCUUGUCAGUGCCCCUGAUGCAUGAAGUGGACUCAUCUAUCAAUGGAGAAGUCUUCCCUACUUCAUUUUUCUACGGUGAUUCUGUGGAAGUAUACAACUUUGUCCAGCUGGAAAAUCAUGAAUGUCUUUUCCAGUCUCUCAACUUCACACUGCAGGUGUACAAUGCAGGGCCAAGCACUCUUCCUGGAGCCUUUCUUGACAUCUCAUUUCCAAACCGCCUGUCUGCCACUGGAGCCGAAAUAUUUCACGUGCAGCAGAUGACAGUUGGUCAGGACAAAGGAAGCUGUUCUUUCCACAGAAACCCCAGCCCAUGCGUUGUUCCUCAAGCAAAUGAAAAUAUUUUCCACACAAUUUUUGCUUUUUUCACAAAGUCUGGCAGAAAAGUGUUGGACUGUGAAAGACCAGGCAGGUCCUGCUUAAUUAUACGCUGCAAUUUAAGCUCACUAGCCAAAGCAGAGUCCUGUGAUAUAAGCAUCUACACACUGCUGAAUACUGAGAUACUGAAGAAGGACAGUUCAUCAGUCAUCCAGUUUGUCACCAGGGCAAGGGUGAGGGUGGACCCUGACCUCAGAGUUGUGGAGGUGCCCAAUGGAAGUCCAGAAGAAAAACCAGUGGUCUUUGAGGCUUUGCACAAUCUGGAGCCUCGCGGAUAUGUUGUCGGAUGGAUCAUUGCCAUCAGUUUGCUGGUGGGAAUUCUCAUCUUCCUCUUGCUUGCUGUGCUCUUGUGGAAGAUGGGCUUCUUCCGCCGGAGGUACAAAGAAAUAAUUGAGGCUGAAAAGAGCAGAAAGGAGAACGAAGACAGUUGGGACUGGGUGCAGAAAAGUCAGUGAACUGCCUACGAAAACUACAGCCCAGUCAUAUGGCACCCGCUUGCUAGCCUGUAGGUCCUGCUCUCGUAUCUUCCAUAUGUGGAAGAAGGAAUCUUCUCCAGAUUUUUCGGAGACCCCCUUGAUGCUGUGUCUGUAUCACUCCAACACGCUAGGGAACAUAUCCUGAGGCAAUCACUGCGGCCAUGCCAGGUGACUGGAGCGAUUUACACUUCAUUUAAGAGCUGAACUUUGAAUGUUGGUAACCAAGCUGCAGUGCAGAGCAAUAUUUAUAAAUCCAACUAUGUGGUAUACCCUCAGGGGAAGACUCUUACCUAAAAGUAUUUUUUAUAAAUAUAAGCUUUUUAUAUUGAUUAUGUCUUUAUAUUUGUAUCAAUGUUUUAUAGUGUCUAUUGAAUGGCUAUAUAGUUCACUCAAGCACUGAUAUCUGGCUAAGUCCUUGGAAAUACAUAUAUGUGUAUAUAAACCCCCCUUGUGCUUUUCAAUGCGAGAGAGAGAAGAGAGGUUCGCAGAGAAAAGUAGCUGAAAUCCUCACACGCUUCAUUCACAAGGCUUGGUAAUGUUGUGUAUAGACCAUUUAAUGGCAGUAAGCCAAAGUCUUUUCACCCUCUCUUUCUUUGAGUUGAAAUUUGGUGUUUGAUUUGUAAACUAAAGAACCUAAAGAACAUUAAAAAAACUAAGGAGCAUCAAAGAACAGUACACAGA